AUGUCGCUGGAAACCAUCACCACUAUCUCGCCCAUCACCAACAAGCCUAUCCUCACCCGCACCGGCCUCUCCGAAGAGGAUCUGCAGUCCAUUCCCGAGAAGGCUGCACGUGCCUUUGAGAGUUUCCGCCGAACUACCCUCGCGGAGAGGCAGGGGAUCGUCAAGAAGGCCUUGCAACUGCUGGCCGAACGCCAGGAUGAGCUGGGCAAGGAGAUCACAGAGCAAAUGGGUCGCCCCAUAGCGUACACGCCCAAAGAAAUCUCCACGGCCGUAAUGCGGGGCGAGUACCUCCUCAAAAUCAGCGGGGACGCUCUCAAAGACACAGAAGGCGAGCCAGAGAAGGGCUUUCAGCGCUACAUCCGAAAAGUCCCUGUAGGGCCAGUGCUGAUUCUCUUUCCGUGGAACUAUCCGUACCUCACCCUGGUGAACUCGAUCGUACCAGCCUUGCUCGCUGGAAACUCGGUCAUUCUCAAGCCCUCUCCCCAGACGCCUACCAGUGCCGAGCAGAUGCAGCGUGUCUUUAUUGAUGCAGGGCUUCCUGAAGGAGUCAUCCAGGUCUUCCACUCUGGAUCUUUAACCCAGAUUGAGACAUUGGUCCGUUCCCCACAAAUUCAACUGGUAUGCUUCACCGGCUCGGUUGCCAACGGCCUAGCGGUGCAGAAUGCCGCGAGCGACCGUGUAACGGCGCGUAUAGGACUGGAGCUUGGUGGUAAGGACCCCGCAUACGUCCGAUCCGACGUGGACGUGAAGUGGGCUGCGGAAGAGAUCGUCGAUGGUGCUGUCUUCAAUUCUGGCCAGAGCUGCUGCAGUGUUGAGCGCGUCUACGUGGACGAAAAGAUCCACGACGACUUCGUCUCAGCCAUGCAGGAAGUGCUCAAAGGCUACGUCUUGGGAGACCCUUUUGAUAAGAAGACGCAUGUUGGACCCGUGGUAUCGAAACGAUCCACAGAGACCAUUCGUGCUCAUAUCAAGGAUGCCCUCGACAAAGGGGCCAAGGAUGCCACGCCAGAGAAUGAGUCCUUCCGGUCUCCACCUGCAGAUGGGAACUAUGUGGCACCCACUCUUUUGACCAACGUGAACCAUGAUAUGAUUGUCAUGACCGAGGAGACCUUUGGCCCCGUGAUCCCCGUGAUGAAGGUAAAGGAUGACGCCGAGGCGAUCAGGCUUAUGAACGAUAGCCAGUUUGGGUUGACGGCGAGCAUAUGGACGAAGGAUGUUGCCAAGGGCCGUGAACUCAUUGACGACCUCGAGGCAGGGACUGUGUUUGUGAACCGCUGUGACUACCCUGCGCCGGAUCUUGCCUGGGUGGGAUGGAAGAACUCCGGAAAGGGACAGACCCUGAGCAAAUUUGGUUUCGACCAAUUCGUCAAGCUGAAGAGCUACCACGUCAAGAACUACCCACAGUAG